AUGAUAUACAAAGGCGUCAAGUAUGCUUGUGCUACAUGCAUUAAGGGCCAUCGUUCUUCCAAUUGCAACCAUGUAGAACGUCCUCUAUUUGAAAUCCGGAAAAAAGGCCGUCCUGUCACUCAAUGCUCCUUCUGUAGAGAUUUACGUAAAACCAAACAAGUUCAUAUCAAAUGUGCAUGUACUCAUAAAUCAGCUAAAGGUAAAAAAAAAAAUAAAAAUAAAAAAAAUAAAAAAAAAAUAUUCUUAUUUUUUUUUCCUUUUUCCUCUUAUCCUUAG